AGUGUAAUAAUCUUAAACAACUGUGGAAUAACUGCUGGAGAAGCGGCUUUUGUGAACAUGAUUAUAGGACGACUCAUAAGCGCUUUUCUAUAAAUGCGAUUCUCUCAACGAAUUGGUUUAUUGGUUCGCUUCUCUUGCGCAACAACAACAACAAGUUUCCGGUGAGACUUCGGUUUGAUUUCGGCUUCACUCUUCUUCGUCCCUCUUCUUCGAAUGUUGCUGUGCGAUGGUUGUUCGCUUCUUGUUUGUGAUUCGGUGUCGAAUUCUUAAUGUAUUUGCCGGUUCGUAACUUGCAGACCAAGUGUUCGGUGAAAUGCCUGAACUUAAUUUUUUUUUUCGAUUUCUGCUGCGGAAUUGUUGUUGUUAAUGUAUUGUUGUUGAUGCUUGAGCUGUUUCUCGUCUUUAUAAUGUCAUUUCUGUUAUGGAAUUUUCUGUCAUUUCUGUUAUCAAAAUACAAUGUGCCUUUUGUGCAUGCCAGUGAGGUUGAGCUGAAUACAAUUGAAUGGGAAUUAGGAAAUGUUAUGGAAUUUUCUGCCUUCUGACCUAACCCGAACUAAACCCGAAUCGUUUCUCUGAGCUUCUGUUGGAGCGGUGGGGUGUCGUUGGGUUUUCCGUCCACCCGAGUACCUAACAUUGUUCCAGAUUUUCGAAUCACCGAUAAUCAUGAAACUACAGUUUUGAUUGAAGCUGUGUUUUUGGAUUGUAAUUUUCUCAUCACCAAUGGGUUAUAGAUGUAUUCAAUGUGGUUUUCCCAUCAAAACACUUUAUCUUCAGUAUUCUCCGGGUAACAUUCGUUUGAUGAAAUGUAAUUGCAAGGUUGUGGCAGAUGAAUACAUAGAAUGUGAAAUCACGAUUAUUAUAAUCGAUUUAAUACUUCACAAACCCAAGGCCUAUAGACAUCUCCUUUACAAUGUCAUUAAUCAAGAAACCUUGAAGUUUCAGGGACUGUUUGGAAAUUGGCUGCCAUUUUUCUUCUUUUUGAUGCAUGUAUCCAUUCUUAUCAUCUUAUGGAAUUUUAUUAUUUUUCAAUGCCUUAGAGCUAAAAUUCUAGCCUAAAAUCAAAUAUGAGGGCCUUACAAUUUGUUGAAGACAGAUAUUUGAUCUUGGAAAGCAGAAAAAGUAAAUCGAGUUCAUCAAUGAGCUACUCCUCACUAGUGUCAAUUUGUUGCAAAAUGAUGAUGGAUGUCUUCUUUGGAAACUUUAUGUUUCUUUUAACCUUCUUCUUUAUGGUCAAGAUGUUUCUUCAUAUAUCUAUCAGUGUCUCCAGGUUAUACCUCUGAUAUAUUUUUUGUAACACCAUACUUGUAAUAAAGAAAGGAACAAUUGGUUAGCGUACUUCCCGUUUAACUUAGCAGAAAAAAUGUUUGUUAUUUUAGCUUU